UCUAAUACUUUUCAUAUUUCACUAUUAAUCUAUGAUUCGGUUGCUGGGCAUGUUGAUAACUUUCCGAUUCAUCUUACUAUAUUCCCUUCUUGCUGUCCUCCAUGGCCCCUGUGGUGCUGAUCCUCCCUAUCCCUAUUGUUCUAAUGUUACUACAUCAAGUAGUUUGUUUCAGUACAAUCUCAAUGACCUCUUCUCUCAUUUAUCUUCUAAUGCUUCUCUUUCAAUCUUCAAAAAUUCCACCACUGGAAAUGAAACUGAUACAGUCUAUGGCCUCUUUCUAUGCCUUGGAUUUGAUACCUUAGACAAGUGCAAGAUAUGUGUGGACACUGCAAUUCAAGACAUUAAAAAACUCUGUCCCAACAAUGAAGAAGCAACAGUAUGGGAGGAGUACUGCCAACUGCGAUACUCCAACAAAAGUUUCUUUGGCUAUACAGACGACGCCGGAAAUCUUCCUCUGUGGAAUAGGAAAAAUAUUUCAGAUCCCAAUCAGUUCAGUCAGGUUGUGAGGGAGCUCUUGAAUAGCCUGUCGAGAAGCGCUUCUUUCGAUCCUUCCACGGGUUUGUAUGCCACAGGGAAAGCUAAUCUUUCCAUUAAUGAAAAGGUAUAUGGUCUUGUCCAGUGCACUAGAGACUUGUCUGGAAAUGACUGUCUUAAAUGCCUUCAAGAUGCCACAAAUGAAAUCCUAAGUUGCUGCUACUUUUAUAGAGGGGCAAGACUUCUCAGUAAGAGUUGCUAUCUAAGGUAUGAGUUAUACGCUUUCUAUGAAGGAGCUACUGAAGCUUUGCCUCCUCCUCCGCCCCCAAGCACAGGUGAUCACAAAAAGAAAAUAUCGACCAAGAUUCUAAUCAUUACCACCGUAUCAGCUUGCGUUGCAGUUGCUUUCUUAGGAUCCUUUGUUUACUGCCUAGUUGCAAAAGGGAGAAAGGAAAUCACUUUUCCAGAAACUUCAACACAUCAAAACAACACUAUUUUUCCAAAUUAUGUUGUCCAAGGAGCCGAAGAGAUGGAGCCGCAUGAUAUUCCUUUAUUUCGUUUAGACAUCAUACAUUCAAUUACAGAUAACUUUUCUGAUUCAAAGAAGCUUGGAGAAGGAGGAUUUGGCCCAGUUUUUAAGGGAACCCUAACUGAUGGAAGAGAAGUAGCAAUAAAGAGGCUCUCAAUCAGUUCUGAGCAAGGUUCAGAGGAGUUUAUGAAUGAAGUCAUGCUUAUAAUGAGACUUCAACAUAAAAAUCUUGUGAGGCUCUUGGGUUGUUGCAUAGAAGGCGGAGAAAAAAUUCUUAUCUAUGAAUACAUGCACAACAGCAGCCUUGAUGUUGUGCUACGUGAUUCAAGGACACGAGCACAACUACAUUGGAGAAGGCGGUUUAACAUUAUUGUUGGAAUAGCCCGAGGCAUCCUUUAUCUUCAUGAGGAUUCUCGACUUAAAAUCAUCCAUAGGGACCUCAAACCUAGCAAUGUGUUGUUAGAUCAGGAAAUGAAUCCAAAGAUCUCAGACUUCGGCAUUGCAAGGAUAUUUUGUGGAAGAAAUGGUGAAAAGAAUACCGGAAGGAUAGUAGGAACUUUUGGAUACAUGGCUCCAGAGUUUGCUAUGGAUGGUGUAUAUUCCACAAAGUCAGAUGUUUUUAGCUUUGGAGUAAUCUUACUAGAGAUUGUAACUGGGACAAGAAAUGCUGGUUUCCAUCGGUCCAAACAUGCUCCUAGCCUUUUGGAAUAUGCAUGGCAGCUAUGGUGUGAGGGAAGAGGGUUAGAGUUGAUGGAUCCUUUCUUAGCAGAGACAUAUUGUCCAAGUGAAUUCUUGAGAUGUAUCAAUGUUGGAUUGCUGUGUGUACAAGAAGAUGCAAUAGAUAGACCCAACAUGUCAAAUGUAGUUGUUAUGUUGAGAAGUGAAUCCCUCCCUCUUCCACAUCCUCAAAAACCACCAUUCUCUGUUGGCCGAGCCACUCCAAUAAUUAUUGAUGAGCUUUCUAUCAAUUGGUUAACUAUUAGUGGUAUUACUCCACUUCAUAAUGAGCUUUUUAAGAGCAUUCCAGAGGAAGUUAAUGGUGAGAUGCUUCUUUGGAUGAGAUUAAGCAGUUCAGCUUGUAUACAAAUUCUGGGGGUCCCAGGUUUUGCAUCCACCAAGAACAUUUCUUCCCGUAAGCGAAAAACUGCAGAUUGUGAGGCAUUUCCACUACUUUUUACUCAAUUCCAUAUUCUCCAUUACUGUAGAAUUCUUGGGAAAAAGUACAAACAUUUGGUGGGCAUGUCGAAAACCUUCCAUUUCAUCUUACUUUAUUCGCUUCUUGCUCUGCUUCAUAGCCCUUGUGGUGCUGAUGCUCCAUAUCCCUUUUGUUCUAAUACUACUGCAAAUAACACAGUUAACACUUUGUUUAAGAGCAAUCUCAAUCAGCUCUUCUCUUCUUUAUCCUCUAGUUCUUCUCUCUCAAAAUUCAGUAAUUAUACUAUUGGUAAUAAAACUGAGAGAGUCUAUGGCCUCUUCCUCUGCCUUGGUUUUGAUACUAUGGUCCAAUGCAAGAACUGUGUGGAUAUGGCAGUUCAGGACAUCACAAGACUCUGUCCCUACGGAGACGAAGCAACUGUGUGGGAGGAGUACUGCCUUCUGAGAUACUCCAGCCAAAAUUUCUUUGGCCAUACAGAUUACACCAGAUAUCUCCCUCUAUGGAACAAUAAAACCAUUUCUAAUCCCAAUCAGUUCAGUCUUGUUGUGAGGGAGCUGUUGAAUAACCUCUCUAAUUCGGCUAUUUUGGAUCCUUCCACUGGCUUGUAUGCUACUGGGCAAACUAAUCUUACCAGUGAUCAAAAGGUAUAUGGGCUUGUGCAGUGCACCAGAGACUUGUCUGGAAAUGACUGUCUUCAAUGCCUCCGAAAUGCUACAGAUGAAAUUAUAAGUUGCUGCUACUUUUACAGAGGAGCAAGACUUCUCACAAAGAGUUGCUACCUAAGGUAUGAGUUAUAUGCUUUCUAUGAAGGAGCCACUGAAGCUUUGCCUACUCCUCCUUCAAGCUCAGAAGCAGAUGAUCAGAAUAAGAAAAUAUCGACGAAAAUUCUAAGCAUUACUGUUGUAUCAGCUUGUGUUGCAGUAGCUUUAUUGGGUAUCUCUGUUUACUGCCUAGUUGCCAAAGGAAGAAAGGAAAUAACUGUUCCAGAAACUCCUUUGGGUUCCCCUAACAGCACCGAUUUAUUGAAUUACUUCGGUCCAGGAUCUGAAGAGAUGGAGCCUCAUGAUAUUCCUACUUUUAAUCUAGCCACUAUACAUGCAACUACUGAUAACUUUUCUGACUCAAAAAAGCUUGGACAGGGAGGAUUUGGCCUAGUUUUUAAGGGAACACUACCUGAUGGACGAGAAGUAGCAAUUAAGAGGCUUUCAAGCAGUUCUGAUCAAGGUUCAGAGGAAUUUAUGAAUGAAGCCCUGCUAAUAAUGAGACUUCAACAUAAAAAUCUUGUGAGGCUCUUGGGUUGUUGCAUAGAAGAUGGGGAAAAGAUUCUUGUCUAUGAAUACAUGCCCAACGGCAGCCUUGAUGGUGUCCUAUUUGAUCCAAGGACACGUGCAACAUUCGAUUGGAGAAGGCGGUUUAACAUUAUUGUUGGAAUUGCUCGGGGUAUACUUUAUCUUCAUGAGGAUUCUCGACUUAGAAUCAUCCACAGGGACCUGAAACCCAGUAAUGUACUGUUGGACCAGGAUGUGAACCCGAAGAUCUCAGACUUUGGCAUGGCAAGGAUAUUUGGUGGAAGCGAUGGUGAAAAGAAUACCGCAAGGAUUGUAGGAACUUAUGGAUAUAUGGCUCCAGAAUUUGCUAUGGAAGGAGUAUAUUCCACAAUGUCGGACGUUUAUAGCUUUGGAGUAAUCUUGCUAGAGAUUGUAACUGGGAGAAGAAAUGCUGGCUUCCAUCGUUCCAAACAUGCUUCUAGCCUUUUGGAUUAUGCAUGGCAGCUAUGGAGCAAGGAAAGAGGUUUAGAAUUGAUGGAUCCAUUGUUAACAGAGACAUACUGUUCAAAUGAAUUCUUGAGAUGCAUCAAUGUUGGAUUGUUGUGUGUUCAAGAAGAUGCAAUAUAUAGACCCACCAUGUCAAAUGUCGUCGUUAUGUUGAGAAGUGAAUCUCUCUCUCUUCCACAACCUCAAAAACCUGCGUUCUCUGUUGGCCAAGUCGCUCCAAUGAUGAUUGAUGAUUUUUCUGUCAAUUGGUUAACUGUUACUCCUCGCUGAUGGAUAGAUUAAACUCUUACAUGUAGAAGCAAAAUGUCAUUAAUAUUGAUCAAUAUGAUUAAAGUUUUGUCUCACUAGAAUAAUCUCACAUGUAUAUAUGGUAAGAAUGUACUAAUUGGUACUUCAAACCUGUUCUUAGUUGGAUCAAAAUAUGAAAGGAUUUGUUUCCCAAUAUAACUACAAUUUGUAACAGAAUAUAUGUUUUU